GUAAUAAUCCUGGCCGAGUUUAUUGAAACACACCCAACUUUCCUGUUAUCCAAACCAUCCCUGUCCAUCUUCGCCAAUAGCAACUGUUUCAUUUUCACCAUAUCUCUUCGACCCCUUUCUGUCUCGCAACACUGAACAGUGGAAUUUCUCAACCAUAACAAGAAGUCCAAUGGAAUUCUAACAAUCAAUUCCCUUAUCCUGUUUUGGGUUUUGUGGAGUUUGCCUGAAUGAGUUCCCCAUGCCUUUGUUAGAUAUUGCUAUUGCGCAGUCGUCUAUUCAAAAUUAUUGGGCUCGUUGCAGGGUGCAGUCAUUUAUCUUUGGUACAGUACCCCACCAUGGCUUGUUACAGCAUGAUAGAUGGCCAUCAUUUCAAAAACCCUUUAAGAAUACAGGAAACUUGAACUUAUCCUUGGGUCAUAUUAGUAGGAAGUCACAUAAGGAGUUCCUGGUUAAAGCUGUGGCUACUCUUGAGCCUACGCCUUUUGUCAAAAGUAAAGAUGAAAAGAAGCAAAGCAGUGCAUUUUCAUCUACUGUUGAACAACCUAAUGGUUCAGAGGAAAUUGAUGAAAGAGAAAGGUUGAGACGUGUACGGAUUUCUAAAGCAAAUAAAGGAAACACGCCGUGGAACAAAGGCAGAAAGCACAGUCCUGAAACUCUUCAACGUAUCAGGGAAAGGACCAAACUGGCUAUGCAGGAUCCUAAGGUAAAAAUGAAGUUGGCAAAUAUUGGUCAUGCACAAAGUGCAGAGACGAGGAAAAAAAUUGCAGUCGGAGUGCGAAUAGGCUGGCAGAGGCGACGUGAGAAGUUAUUGCUUCAGGAAACUUGCCUCUUUGAUUGGCAGAACUUGAUUGCUGAAGCUGGUCGACAAGGUUUUCAAGAAGAGGAAGAGUUGCAGUGGGAUUCCUACAAAAUCAUGAAUGAGCAAUUGCAGCAGGAAUGGUUGGCUAGCAUUGAGCUUAGGAAAACAACGCCUAGACCCAAAGGUAGCAAGAGAGCACCAAAAUCUCUUGAACAACGGAAAAAGAUUGCAGAUGCCAUUGCCGCUAAAUGGGCUGAUCCUGAAUACCGUGCAAGGGUGUGUACUGGCUUGGCGAAAUAUCAUGGAAUACCGGAGGGGGCUGAGAAAAAGGUCAGGAAGAAAUCGAGUGACGGAUCGCAGUCACCUAGGACCCCUAAGAAAAAGGUUAACAGUACAAAAGUAUCUGCUGCAACUGAAUAUAAGGCAAAGCCUCAACAACUCAAGCUGAAGAAAACGACCCCACCAAAGUACAAGGAUCCUUUGGCUAAUUCCAAACUGGAAAUGUUAAAGAGCAUCAGGGCUCAAAGAGUGGCCUCAAAACCAAGGAAGAACGAAGCAUUCGAGCGAGCAAAGCUCCUAAUAGCAGAAGCUGAGAAAGCUGCAAAGGCCCUCGAGGUUGCUGCAAUAAGAAGCCCAGUUGCUCGAGCCUCUCUCACUGAGGCAAAAAAACUUAUUGCUGAAGCUAUUCAAUCUAUCGAAUCAAUAGAGAAGAGAGAGUUUACUGCAGAAAAUCCUCCGACAUCAGAGCCACAAAAUCAUGCCGAGAUUGAUGAAACUUCUGUCAUGAACCAUGUCAAUGACAAGAACUCUAGAGAGGUUAAUGGGAUCAACCUGUUUGCACCAACAACUGAUUGCCAAAUCCAGGAUAUCAGCAUCUACGGGAUGCCUAUGCUGGAAGAAAUCGGCGUGAAUCACAAUUCACCAAGACAAAUUAGUGGGUUUGAGUUCCGUAAGCACAAUACCAAAAUUUUUGUUGGGAAAUCAGAGUUGAGAGAACAAAUUGAUCAACCGCAUCUGCACGAACUAAAUGGUGUUACCAGAUUGAAUGGGCUCUCUUCAGAAGAUCAUAUAAACGAGCAGAAAAAUCAUGAAGAACAAAUACCUAAUGGUUCUGCAAAAUCCAGGACUAGAAAGUGGAUUAGUGGAAGAUUGGUAGAAGUUGUGGAAAAUCAGUAAAAUGCAGCCCGACAUAUCAACCCGCUCGAUAUAUUUUUGUUCACAGAUCACUGGAUUUGAUUUGUAUUUUACUUGUACUAGUAUGUUUUUUGAAAUUUUUUUUUAUAGAUUAUUAUUGAAACUUUAGUAGUCUUAAGAAUUUUGUUAGUUGCAUAACUCAACAUGUAUAUGUUGUCUUGGACUAAUUGUUUGGUUGAAAUAUUAAUCUUUGUUGGCCAAUGGUUUUCCACAAAAGUGAACAAAAGAUAUUAGUUUAUCUUCCAAUUAUUGGAAUGAUUUGAUUUGUAAGCAUGU